CCCAUGUCAGGGAGCAGUAUGGCGGACAUGCAUGUGGAGCCUCCAAACAAACAGCAUCACUUGUCCAGCUAACCAUCUUUACCGCGCGUGAAACCGGGCCAGUGGAGCCGGAAGCCACAGCAGAAUGGACGAGGAAAACAAGCUUCAGUUCCCGUCGCUGCCCGCCUCCAAAGAGGACCUGCUGGACUGGGCUUAUCCAAUGAGACGAGAAAUGCAGGAGAUUUUACCUGGACUAUAUUUAGGUCCCUACUCUGCUGCAAUGAAAAGCAAGCUGCCCACUCUUGAAAGACACGGAAUAACGCACAUCGUUUGUGUUCGCCAAGACAUUGAAGCCAAUUUUAUCAAACCUAAUUUCCCUCAUACGUUUAGAUAUCUUGUUUUAGAUAUUGCAGACAAUCCAGUGGAAAAUAUAAUACGUUUUUUUCCUAUGACUAAAGAAUUUAUUGAUGGCUGCUUAGCAACAGGGGGAAAGGUACUGGUACACGGUAAUGCAGGGAUAUCAAGAAGUGCUGCCUUAGUGAUUGCAUACCUUAUGGAAACAUUUGGGAUGAAAUACAGGGAUGCAUUCAGUUAUGUCCAGGAAAGAAGAUUUUGCAUCAACCCUAACGUGGGUUUUGUGCAUCAACUACAGGAAUAUGAAGCAAUCUAUCUUGCCAAAUUGACCAUUAAAAUGAUGUCGCCGAUGCAGUUGGGCCGGUCGUUCUCUCUGCAAGCUGGUAUGCCAGGAAGCCGCAAACGCAGCCUGGAGGAGGGAGACGAUUUUGGGGCGAUGCAGGUCACGGCAACACAAAACGGAUGAGCUCUGCGGAUAUUAAGCUGCGUGGCACUGUGCACUCUUUUUUUUAUUUUUUACAUUUUUAAUGGGAUUAAAAAUGUAAAAAUUUGAACUUUUUCUAAGGGGAAGGGAGGAGGGUGGGAGGGCAGCUAGUUUGUGUCUGAGACAUGGAGAGCUGAUGGACAUGGGGCUAACUUCUUUUUUUUCUGAGCUGUAUGCACUGAUGGGAGUUUUUGCAGUUUUAUAGUAUUUAAAGCAUUUUGCAUUUGCAGAAGGACAGAAUUGCAAUAAUGCGCUUUCAAUACUUGAAUUAGUUUAGUUGACCAGACUGGGAACGUUAACAGACUGUUGCCCAGUGGAGGGCGUGAGGAGUGGCUGUCUUUAUUUCAGGAAUAAUAGAAUCAUAAACCAACAUCAGGCUUCAGGUGGCACUGUUGCAAACAAAAAAAUAACACUACU